AUGGCAACUCAUGCAGCAGUCUCUAUCAUAGAGGGUGCAGGGCCCCUACAAAGCGUGGCCAGCAUGAGCGGACCCGGCCAUACACUAGUGGCCGCGUCCGGCGCCAGCACUGUUGAAGCCUUGAAUUCAACGCUCACGAGUUUACCUCCUCCUCCCUGGUGA